AUGUUAGUAGUGAAAGAGCACGUACUAAAGAUGUUAUUUUAAAAAUUAAAGAGUUGUUCAGUAAUUUAGAAUCUAAGAAAAUUAAAGUAAUAGCAUUGGUAACAGAUAGUGCUGCAGCCUAUGCUUCGGCUAG